AAGUUGAUAUUGAGAUUUUAAAAACCUUAUAAAACAUCUUCAUCAAUUUCUUCGUUGUUGCGUAUGGAGGAGGAGCUUUCUCGUAGUUGGUCGCCGCCACCGCAAAACAUCGCAACCCACCGUCAUCCUCCUUCUUCUCCGAUUUCACGGUUUCAGCCGGAACCCUAAUUCCUCAAUUUCCCCCAAUUUCGAAGAAACCACCACCCACCAUCACCAUGUGGAACAUUGCGAAAUCAGCGGAAGCCAUGUUCUCCCGCUGGGCACUCAAGAGGGUUUUCAAAUUCUUCCUCAAGAAGAAAUUGGGGCAGUUCAUUCUCGGUGACAUCGACCUUGACCAGCUCGAUGUUCAGCUCUCUCAGGGUACCAUUCAGCUCACCGAUCUCGCUCUCAAUCUCGACUUCAUCAACGCCAAGUUGAGCAAGACAGCAUCUGUUAUGGUCAAAGAAGGAUCAAUUGGCUACCUGUUGGUUAAAAUGCCUUGGAGUGGUAAAGGUUGUGAGGUUGAACUCAAUGAGCUCGAACUAGUAGUUGCUCCAUGCACAGAUAGAAUCUCAACUACUGAGGAUGAAACUUGUGGCUCUGUCGAUAAUGAUAAUUGUCACUUCAGAUAUAACUCAACUAGGACUGAGCAUGAAAUAGCAGAUGAUGCUCUCAAAUCAACUUUGGUAGACGUUCACGAAGGUGUGAAAACUAUUGCAAAGAUGGUAAAGUGGUUGCUUACAAGCUUCCAUGUGAAAAUAACAAACAUAAUUGUUGCAUUUGAUCCAUCUUUAGACAAUGAAGAGAAGAAAGCAAAUUGUCAUCAUACCUUAGUUCUACGAAUUUCUGAAAUUCAAUGCGGAACAAGUCUUUCUGAAGAUGUUGGUUCAAGUGUUGAUGUCCUUGGAAUAAGCCAGUUAACAAACUUUGUAAAGUUUCAUGGGGCAGUGCUUGAACUUCUCAAAAUAGAUAAUGAUGAUAACCAGUUAUCCUUUCAACAUGUAUCAAAAGUAGGGUGUGGUGAACCUGUUUUGGGAUCAAAUAGAACCACAUGUCCAGUCAUAACCGGGAAGCAAGACGGAUUUGGUGGAAAUAUAAAAUUAAGUAUUCCUUGGAAGAAUGGAUCUUUGGACAUACGCAAGGUGGAUGCAGAUAUUUGUGUUGAUCCUGUAGUGUUAAGAUUUCAACCUAGCACAAUUAAAUGGUUAUUGCAGUCAUGGGAAACUCUUAAAAAGCUGAAUAAUGAUGGCAAAGGUUGCAGGAGUAACAACUUAAGAGGACCUGCCCAAUUGAAUUCUACAUUAUGUCCUUCAACUUUAGAUUCUGUUAACAAUGUCACCAGUGGAACAAUAACUGGUCAUGGUAGUUUGCCCACUGAGGGUGUUUCUUUGACCCAUCCAGAACCCCUUACUCAUCUCAUAUCAGAUUGGGUGCCAUUCUCUACCCAUCUAAGUCAUAAAGAUGGGAUUCAAGAACUUGAUUUUGGGGCAAGUGUGGAUCAGUUUUUUGAAUGUUUUGAUGGUAUGAGAAAUUCUCAAUCGGCUUUAGGGAGCAGUGGAAUGUGGAAUUGGACAUGUUCAGUUUUUAGUGCAAUUACUGCUGCAUCUAGCCUUGCUUCUGGAUCUUUACAUAUUCCUUCUGAACAGCAACAUGUGGAAACCAAUCUCAGGACGACUUCUGCUGGAAUAUCUGUUGUUUUGUCAUUCUUUGAUGAAGAGAAUAAUUUUUAUGACCUUAAAAUUUGGAACACAGCUGGAUUACAAAUUGAUUAUCUUGCUGCAGAGUGCCAUGAAAUUGAUGUUGCUUUAAGGGUAUCUCCUCAAGGUAUGACUCUUGAUGGAAGGGUGAAAGAACUAGAAGUUGCUAAUUUCAUGAACAUUGGAAUUGAUGCUAAAAAUCGAAAUGCUUUAGUUUAUCACCUACAAGCUAAGGUCCUUGAUGCUCUCCCUUUGUGUAGCGCUUACAAUAUAGAUUCAGAUUCAUUAAUUGGGGAAGCUGCAACAGAUUUACCCUUUGGGAAUAAGGAUUGCUUACUGAAAGUUAUGUUGUUUAAAACUUCUGGUGUGACCAAUUGCAAAUUUACCUUGCAAUCAAGUUCAUCAGAUGGUAGUUUGACUGGGAUGUCAUCAUUCUCACUGAACUUGCCCCCAUUUAUUCUCUGGGUAAUAUUUCCUGUAAUAAAUGUGAUCACUAACCUGCUUGAGGAAAUUGGAAAAUCACUUGAAGUAAAUAACAAGGCAAAGGGAGUUCUGUCUGAAGCCUCAGAUGAGAAGUGCGGAUCAUCUCGUAGUGAUUUGAAGGAAGGUUUUAGUCCCUCUGUGACAUCCUUCUCCACAACAGAAUGUUCGCAUGGUGAUAUAUCAAUUUCAAGUGCAAGAGUUGUGCUAUGUUUUCCUUUCGAAAGGGUUGGAGAUGAUGCUUCUUCAUUUUUCUGGGAAAAGUUUAUUGCUUUUGAUUUUACUUCAUCAUCACCUUCCAACAAGGGUUGCACCCCAGAUGGUAGUCAAGCUUCAAAUGCAAGUUCAAAGGAAAGAGUUCCUUCAGCAGCCGCUCGUUCUCUUCAGUUGAAUUUUUGUGAUCUGGAUAUCUACUUGAUCACAUCAACAAGUAAUGACUGUGGGAAAAUCAACUAUGAUGUUCCGAAUGAGAAAUUUUCUGCAAGCUGCUUUCUUUCUAUUGCUCGUAAAAGGGGUUGUUUCUCUGUUGUUCGUGUAGUUUGGCAGGGAGGCCAAGUGACUGGUCCUUGGAUUGCGAAGAAAGCUAGAUUAUUUGCUAAUUCAGAACAAUCAAGGGGAAAAGAUGAUAUUGCAGGAAGAGGGUACGAGUUUGCAUCAGUAUCAACAGUGAAAGAUCUGGAAGAUUGGAAAUCUCAAACUCAACAAGAGUUGAUUCUAAGCUCGUCAUGUCUCGUGCAUGUCCAUCUAUUUCAAGCUUUGAUUAACGUCAAUGAUUCUCAAUAUAAAGACAUACAUCACCUUUUACUUCAGUUGCUGAAUGCAUUGACAUGUGUGCCCUCUCAGGAAGCCAUUGUUGAGAAAGAACCCUCUGUCCCACAAUCAUCAAUAUUUAUGGAAUGUGAUUCUGUAGAGAUUGUUAUUAGUAAGGAUACAUCUGAGAUCAUCAGAAGCUCAAUCAAGAGUGAACUUCCUGGACAGUGGCAUCAAUUCAAGCUGAAGGUUCAAAAGUUUGAGUUACUGUCUGUCACUAAUACUGGUGGUAUUAAGGCAGCUAGUUUCUUCCGAUUAACCCACGGUGAAGGAAAGUUGUCUGGGUUCAUCACUGGAGUUCCUGAUCAUGAGUUCCUUCUGAUUACUUGUAAUAACUCCUCUGUGAAGCGAGGUAAUGGUGGAGGUUCCAAUGCAUUAUCUUCUAGAUGUGCUGGUUGUGAUAUCAUGUAUCUGUCUGAUCCAGAGAAUUCCCAUAAUAUUACAUCUAUAGCUGUUAGUUGUGGCACAGUUAUUGCUGUUGGCGGCCGAUUGGAUUGGUUUGAUGUAAUAUCAUCUUUUUUCAUAUUGCCGGCUCCUAAUACUAAAGAUGCAGGUGAUACUAGUGUUUCAGCGAAAGAACAAAAUCUCUCUUACACAACUUCUUUUGUUCUCAGCUUGAUUGAUAUUGCUUUUAGUUAUGAGCCCUACAUGAAAAAUCUGGUGGUGGUUCAGACUGAAGUUCUCAUUUCAGAGCCUGGCUUUUCUUGUGUCAAAGAAGAUAUGGGUGGACAAAGUGUUUCUUGUCUGUUGGCUGCUUCCAGCUUGACGCUUUCAAAUUCAUCUUUGGCGGAUUCAGCUGAAAGUGUUUUCCAAAUUCGAGUGCAAGACCUAGGGUUUUUGCUUCAUUUGAUAUCAGAUCUGAAUUCUCUCCCUAGCACUUAUAGUGUAGAAAGUCUUCAAAAGACUGGUUAUGUUAAAGUUGCUCAGGAGGCUUUUUUGGAGGCAAUUUUGAAACUGAACUGUGCUAAUGGUCUUCUUUGGGAACUAGAAUUAUCUAAAUCACACCUUAAUGUGGAAACUUGCUAUGAUACAACUGCUACUCUGAUUCGUUUGGCUUCUCAACUUCAGCAAUUAUUUGCCCCUGAUGUUGAGGAAUCCAUUGUGCAUUUGCAGAAUAGGUGGGAUACUGUUCAACAGGCACAGCAAAGGAGUGAAUUUAAUAAUGAAAGUAAGAAUCUCACACGUGAUAUGCUGGCUUCAACUUCUGAACAAUCCUCUCCAAAACAAUUUUCAAAGGAUGGGUCUAGUAUAGCUGGCUUGAUGGAUGAAAUAUGUGAAGAUGUAUUUCAAGUAAAUGACAACAAUACACGACAAUCUUGUUAUUUUGACCCAGGAUCUUGCAUGCCGCUUGAUGGAAGCAUGAUUGAGGUUGGUAAUAUGAAUUUGGAUGGGCCUGAAGUUCUCUCUCCUGAAUUAACUUUGUCUGAGUCAGUGCCUUUAAUAGGACAAGAAGGUAAUCACGCUUCAUUUCUGCAAGAUGGUUGCUUUCCAGAGAUUAUAGAAAGCUAUUGUUUGUCUGACUUACGCCCUCUGUCUGAGCUAUCUUCAAACAAACUAAGGAAUGUAGAACAUAGAAAUAUUGAUAGAGGAAGUGGCGGAUGGUAUGGAGGCUCCUCUUUAAAAGUUCUAGAAAACCACAUUUCAGAGGAAAAUGAAAAAACUGGAUUAAAGGCUGCAGAUCAGGGCAUGCUUCUAUCUAAUGAUAGUCCAUCCCACAAAGAGAUUUGUGGACGUGUGAUUCUUAAUAAAAUUGACAUAAGAUGGAAAAUGUAUGGUGGUUCUGAUUGGCUUUAUUUAGGGAAAAAAGGGCAACAUUGUGGGAGGAACACAUCUGUUUGCUUGGAACUUGCAUUGUCUGGGAUGAAAUUUCAGUAUGAUAUAUUUCCAGUUGGUGGACUACAUGUAUCUAAGAUGUCUGUGUCUGUUCAAGAUUUUUAUCUGUUUGACAGAAGCCAAGAUGCACCUUGGAUACUGGUGCUCGGAUAUUAUCACUCAAAAGGUCAUCCUAGGGAAUCUUAUUCAAAAUCAUUUAAGUUGGACUUGGAGGCUGUUAGACCAGAUCCUCUAACUCCCCUUGAGGAGUACAGAUUAAAUGUUGCUGUUCUACCUAUGCUAUUACAUCUACAUCAGCGCCAGCUUGAUUUUCUUAUUGAUUUCUUUGGGAGAAAAAACACAUUGAAUGAUCAGUUUCCCAAUAAUUGUCAAGAUUUGGAGGGUUCAAAAUCUGUGCCCGAGAAUAGUAAAGAUCCUGCUUGUCAUUCAAUUGCACAAGAGGCAUUGCUUCCUUACUUCCAGAUGCUUGAUAUAUGGCCUAUUCUUGUUCGGGUGGAUUACAGUCCCAAUCAUGUAGAUCUAGCAGCGUUAAGGCGUGGGAAGUAUGUAGAACUUGUAAAUCUCAUUCCUUGGAAGGGGGUUGAGCUUAACCUGAAACAUGUUCAUUCUUCUGGCAUCUAUGGUUGGGGCAGUGUUUGUGAAACAACUAUAGGGGAGUGGCUGGAAGAUAUAUCUCAGAAUCAGAUUCAUAAAGUACUGCGGGGGCUUCCUACUGUACGGUCAUUAAUUGCAGUUGGGGCUGGUGCUGCUAAGCUGGUUUCGUCCCCAGUAGAAAACUACAAGAAGGAGCGGAGAGUGCUCAAGGGUAUGCAAAGAGGUACAAUUGCAUUUCUUCGAAGCAUUUCUCUUGAAGCUGUUGGACUUGGAGUUCAUCUAGCUGCUGGUGCGCAUGAUAUUCUUCUCCAAGCAGAAUAUAUUCUUGCAAGCAUACCUUCGCCAGUUCCUCUGCCUGUAAAAGAUAAAUCAAAGAUCGAUGUUCGAUCUAAUCAACCUAAGGAUGCCCAACAAGGAAUUCAACAGGCUUGUGAGAGUCUCAGUGAUGGCUUUGGGAAAUCUGCUGCUGUGUUAGUUCAGAACCCAUUAAAAAAGUUCCAGCGUGGUUCAGGUGCAGGACCUGCCUUGGCUGCAGCUGUACGAGCAGUUCCUGCGGCUGCCAUGGCUCCUGCUUCAGCUUGUGCAAGUGCUGUGCACUAUGCUCUUCUUGGAUUUAGAAAUAGCCUUGAUCCCGAACGUAAAAAGGAGUCCAUGGAGAAAUAUUGUCCAGCACAACCCUGGGAAGAAGACUGAUUAAUGAAUAUGUGAGGAUCGAGUAAUACACGUGCUUCACUGACCAAGGAUAUUCAGAAGAGCAUUUUUUUGUCCACAGGGCCUGUCUCUCGUUAAUCAUGUGAGUUGGGCUUCCAUUCUUGGUAGAAGAUAGCACAAAAUGCACUUUAUCAGCUAGGUUUUAGCGGAUGUACAGUGACGGAGCCGGUCUGGUGAUUCUUUUAUAUCAGAGUAAUUGUAUAUACUGUAAAUCCAGAUGGUGCUUCUUAAUCCUAUUCUCAUCCAAACGGAUGUCAUUGUAGGUUAAACGGCCCCAUUUGUUUAGUUAGAUGUACAUAAUAAUGUAAUAUAAUUCUUUGAAAUCCUUGAUAUCAAUGUAUAUUGGCUAUCAUUUUUGUAAAUACAAUGUUUAUAUUAUUACUUGACAGUA